AUGAGCGUUGUCGCAUUUCUUUUGCUUGAGUUACUUGCCAUAACAGCCAUCAAUUUUAGCUUCUGCAAUGGAAGCUCUUACAUGGGUUGUAUUCAAAGUGAGAGAGAAGCACUUUUAAGGUUCAAGCAAGAUCUUGAAGAUCCUUCCAACCGACUUGCAUCUUGGAAUGGUGACGGAGAUUGUUGCACAUGGGAAGGUGUUGUCUGCAACAACUUCACAGGUAAUGUGCUGGAGCUCCACCUAAAUGCAGAGUAUAAAGCAAGUUUUGGUGGUAAGAUAAAUCCCUCUUUGCUUGAUUUAAAGCAUUUGACUUACUUGGACUUAAGUGCUAAUAGUUUUGAGGGAAUUCAAAUUCCUGAAUUUCUUGGUUCUAUGGGUAGUCUAAGAUACCUUAAUCUCUCUUUAAAUGGAUUCCAGGGUAUGAUUCCUCACCAACUUGGAAAUUUAUCUAAUCUGCAAUAUCUUGAUCUCGGUUAUAUUGAUUUCCAGUCAUUAUAUGUUGAGAAUUUUUCUUGGUUGUCCGGUCUUUCUUUGUUAAAGAAGCUUGAUUUGAGCGAUCUUAACAUAAGUAAAGCCUCAAAAGAGCUUCUGGUGAUAAAUGCACUUCCUUCUUUACAGGUUUUACGUUUGUCAUAUUGUGGUCUUCAUCGCUUUCCUCUGUUGUCUUUUGUGAAUUUUUCAUCUUUAACCGUCCUUGAUUUGAGUGGUAAUAAUUUUCAAGGUACAAUACAUGAUGGACUUCAAAACUUGACAUCUCUUAAGUAUCUUGAUUUAGGUUUCAAUGAUUUCAAUUCAUCAGUACCAAACUGGUUGUACAAACUUGGCCGUCUGGAAGACCUUUCCCUUGCUGGCAACCACUGGCAAGGAACGAUUUCAAGUGCUGUAGGAAACUUGAGUUUUCUCAAAACACUUGAUCUCUCAUCUAGUAAUCUUGAAGGGGGAAUCCCGACAUCUUUUAGAAGAUUUUGCAACUUACGGUCAAUCUCUAUGUCAUUGAUGAAUUUGAAUCAAGACAUACAUGAAGUAUUAGAGUCUCUGCAUUUGGGUGGCAGCAACCUUUUUGGUCAUUUGACAAAUCAACUCGGACAAUUUAAAAAUUUAGAAUAUCUUGAUCUUAGUAACAACUCUAUUUCUGGUCCUUUUCCAUCAUCUUUGGGAGAGCUUUCCUCAUUGCGAAUUCUAGAGCUUUCAGAUAACAAAUUGAAUGGAACUCGUUCUGAAGUGCACUUUUCCGGUCUCACAAAAUUGAUAUAUUUUGGUGCAUCUGGAAGUUCUCUAAUGUUCAAACACAUUGCUGAGUUGAUCCCAACGUUUAAACUUCAAAUUUUGCGAUUGAGGUUGUGUCAUUUGGGGUCUCAAUUUCCAUCCUGGCUUCAUUCACAAAAGCAUUUACUUUUUCUAGAUAUAUCCAACUCAAGUAUUUUAGAUACUCUGCCUGCUUAUUUAUUUAAAGCCCCUUUCCAAAUUGUUAACCUGAAUCUCUCUCACAACCAAAUAUAUGGAAAGAUUCCAAAUCUAAUGGAGUCAUCAAAACUUGAUUCACUGGACUUAAGCUCAAAUAAUUUAUCAGGUCCAUUACCUCUCACACCCUUCAAAAUGCAUGAACUCAACCUUUCCAACAACAGUUUGUCAGGAUCAAUUUCUCACUUCUUGUGUUACAAGAUGAAUGAGGUAAAGAGAUUGAUGCAAAUUCUCAUCCUUAGCAAAAACUUCUUCAAAUUCUCAUCCUUAGCAAAAACUUCUUCCACGGAGAAUUACCAGAUUGUCUGGUGA